UCAAGAUAAUGCAGUCUUUUUUACCACUUUAUGCUGUCGAGUGUGAAUUAUUCUUCCACUGCUAAGAGAAAGAGUUUCAGAUUUUUUUUCUCUGACUUUCUAGCUGAGAGAUAGGUAAACUAAGUUCUCGAAGUUAAUUAAGUUGCAGCUUUUGUGCUCGACAAUGGGAAACGGCGAUGAAGGGAAGUCAUCUAAAUCUGACAAACCAUCUUCACCGUCACCUUCAGAUCAGAUCGCCACUCAUGUCUAUCCAGAUUGGGCAGCUAUGCAGGCAUAUUAUGGUCCUCGAGUCACUAUGCCACCAUAUUAUAAUUCAGCUGUGGCAUCUGGUCAUGCUCCUCCCCCUUAUAUGUGGGGGACAACGCAUCCAAUUAUGCCAUCUUAUGGGCCACCUUAUGCAACAAUCUAUCCUCAUGGGGGAGUUUAUGUGCAUCCUGCAGUUCCCAUGGGAUCGCAUGGUCAUGGUGUUCCAUCAUCAUCUGAAGCCCCUGUGGAAACACCUACAAAGUCCUCAAGAAAUACAAACCAAGGUUUGAUGAAUAAACUGAAAGGAUUUGAUGGCCUUACAAUGUCGGUAGGCAACAGUUCUGCUGAGAAUGCUCAAAGCGGGGCUGAACCCCAACUGUCCCAGAGUGUGAAGACUGAAGGUUCCAUUGAUGAUAGUGAUGGGAUUGCAACUGGGGCAGGUCAAACAAGACCAAAAAGAAGCAGGGUGGGGAACACCGUGUUAGCAGGUGGAGAAGGGAAUAAUGAAGCAAGGUCUAAACCGGUUGCUACGCGGGAGGUGACUGCAACCAUUUAUCCUAUACCGGUUGGACCUGUACUUUCUCCUGACAUGACCACAGCUUUGGAGCUUAGGAACCCUCACACCAUGAGUGUGAAGUCCAGUCCUACGAGUGUACCAUGUGUAAUGUCACCUGAAGUCUGGUUGCAGAACGAACGGGAGCUGAAGCGGGAGAGAAGGAAACAGUCUAAUAGAGAAUCUGCUAGAAGAUCAAGGUUGAGGAAGCAGGCCGAGACAGAAGAGCUUACUUGUAAAGUUGAAUCCUUGACUGCAGAGAAUGCAUCACUUAGAUCCGAAAUAAAUCUUCUAACCGAAAAAUCCGAUAAACUAAGGCAAGAAAAUGCUACAUUAGUGGAGGGAUUGAAAGAGGAGAUUAUCACGAAUAAGAAACAAGACAAAGACGGUGAAAUGUACGAGAAAAAGUUGAACUCCAGCGCCAAGUUACAUCAACUUUUGGAUCCGAGUCCGAGAGCCGAUGCUGUGGCGGCUCGAUGAACAAGGAGAAGAGGCAAACUAAGUUAAACUCUUUCUUGUACAUUAGAUGUGAUGAAACCACGUAGCUUUGGCAUGUAAUUUAUAACCCAAAACUACUGCUAACAUUAAAUUUGAGGAAACCAAGUAGCUUUCAGAACUGA